AUGUCGGACCGCGUUUUCCAUAAUACUUACACGCGUUAUGGGACUCAGCAAGUACCAAUCACUACUUGGGCGACCCAAGUAGUCUCGCCAACGCAGCAACAAUCGGCUAACAGUGCCGAGCAGCGCGAAUUUGUCUUUCCGAAUGACUUCCCUGUCAGGCCUUAUCAACAGCAAUGUACACGGCGAGCCUUGAAGAACAAUUGCCUGGUGUGCCUUCCUACUGGUGCUGGAAAGACUCUAGUGGCAGCUGCAGUGAUCCGAAACUUCCUCGACUGGCAUCCGAACUCGCAGGCAAUAUUCGUAGCUUGGACGAAACCCUUGGCAAAGCAGCAGCAGGAGGCGAUCACACGCGAUGCUGGCAUUUCGAAGCGAGAAUCUUGCCUCAUCACAGGGAAUACGUCGGAUAAGAAACGCCAGAAAAUGUACAGUGAGUGCCGGCUGAUCUGCGCGACGCCCCAGUGUAUCAAUAGCGACAUUGGAAAAAAACUCAUCGAGUUCAAUCGAGUCAAGCUCGUCAUCGUGGAUGAGGCACAUAGAGCGACUGGAGAGCACGCCUACAGCCAAGUCAUUACCAAUUUCAAGGCGGAAACGGAUGAAUUUAGAAUCGUUGGCUUGACGGCUACGCCAGAGCGUGACAAGCUUUACAAAGUGGUUGAGAAUUUAUUCAUACAGGACAUCGUGUUCUACCCAGCCUCGCAUCCAGAAAUAAAAAAACAUAUCGUCCAAAUCGAUGAGAUCAUUGUUAGACGAACAAAGACCGAACUGACAUGCCUCCGCCUUCUCUCAGACAUCGGAGACGGGAUCUUAAAGACCAUUCAGAAGGGAAAGCUUCUUUUGAAUAUAAAUAUAGCGAGCGUCAGCAACUACGGUCUGUUAGAAGAGUACAACAGGUCAAAACACCUCCAAUACUGGAAAUUUUAUUACCCCAAGUAUCAAAAUUUUUCGAAACUAGUGGCCUGUCUGGUGGCCCUGCGAAAAUUCGGAAUGGGCAAGAUGGUUGACUUGUUUGAAAACAACUGCACGGACAAGGAGAAAUCUGUCUGGAAAGACAUCAAUCGCAAGGCAGUUGCAGAAUUGAAGAAAACGAUCUUCAGAUUCAAACAACCUGGCAACACUGAAGUGAGCGAGAAGCUGAAAAACCUAGCAACUGAACUGGAAAAGUACUUUGUUGAUGCCGCCACAAGCUACAAAAAGAGAGCUCUCGUGUUCGUCAACGACAGGAGCAUUGUCGAAGAAAUCAGAAGAUAUUUAGUUGCGAAUUGCUCGAAUAAUCUAAAAGUCACUGCCGAGAAGAUCACACAGAAGCAGCAAGUCGAGCAGCUGGAAAAGUUCAAGAAGGGAGAUAUUAAUGUUCUAGCGGCGACGUCUAUUGGAGAAGAGGGACUGGACAUUUCAGCUUGCGAUCUUGUAGUUCAGUACGACCAUUCUUUGAACCAAACUCGAAAUGCUCAACGAUCCGGUCGAACUGGAAGAAAACACAACGGUCGAAUUCUCUAUCUUAUGUACGAGUGCGAAUACGAGAGCUACAAGAAAGCACUCGAAGGCGAAAAGACCUUGGAGACUUUUAUGGCCAAAAUCACUAGUCAAUCUCCUGAAGUUCGUAAAACCACAUGGAGAAAAAUGCUCAACUACGAAAUGCCAGCUUGGCCUGUUCUCGGACCGACGCCAAUUCCUACUGCACAGUAUAAAAAACUUCAUAGGCCGCCAUCCCCUGAGCCAGAAUGGAAGACUCCUAGACGAAAAUCAGGAACACCAAAACCGAAACGGACGCCAAAGGAAAAAACUCCAAGAAGAAAAAAUAGCGCGAAAAAGACAAAAAAGAGAGCAACCCUUCGCGAUCAGCCUGGACCAUCGACUGAUUUCAACUUUCUCGAUGUGGACCUUAGCGAUGAUGAACCUCUGCCGCAUGUUCCAGACGAAAGCCUUGCUGAAAUUGGUGGCGAUCUUCCAGAUAUCCCAUCUGGUCUGGAGGAUUCUCCUCCUAGUCUCGAUGAUUCUCCUCCGCCCGCUGCGCUAGAACUUCUGAGUCGUUACAAUACUGAAAAUAAUUGCGACGAAGAUCGUCAGGUUGAUGAUCCUCAGCCUGUGAAUCUGAGCAUCAAUGAGUUUGAGCCACACUCUUUUGGAGACGAUUCACUGAACGGUCUUACAGAGAAGCUCUCUCAAAACUCUGUGGAAGAAGUAAAUUUAAGUGGCGCUUUGUUUUCUCCUGAAACACCGAAUCAAAGUUUUCAAAACAAUUUCGAUGAGCCAAUAGCUUCGAAUACCUGCAGUCUGGACAAUUCGAUUCCUCGCGCCAUUUCGAGGAUGGAAUUCCCAGCUCAAUCUGUCCUUCCCACGCCUGAAUUGCCUCUCACGACAGAAGGAGACUGUAAUAAAGACAACAUGAUGGAUGAACCGAACGAUUUAGGAGAGCUGGACUUUCGAAAUCCGUUUGACACCACUUCGGAAUCUGAAAAUGGAUUGGGGUCAGAUGAUAGAUCGCAGUCAUUAUUCCCAGUGGAGAAUGAGCUUGUAGGCAGUUCGGAAGAAGAAAGCGACUCUGGAAUCAACAUGCAACCAGGCACCUCCAAACGCGAAAGGUGGCAGCAGAACAAGGAGAAUCGCGGAUCGCGAUCUUGUCCACCAGUUCGACAAGGGAAAUUGUUGAAGAACAGAAACUGCACAGGAACGAUGGUGAUUUCUUCUGACGAAGAACAUGUCUCAAGAUAUGCCUCGACGCCGCUAAAGAGGAAAAAGAAGACGAAACGAGCCCAUGAAAUCAAGGAGGAGUCCCCUGAAGUAAAUUUGAUCAGCUCGGACACUGGAUCAGAACAAAGCGGCCCGCCAAGCCCUGUAAUAAAAUUUGCGCGAAAAAGUCUCUUCUACGAACUGAAGAACAAAACAUUAUAA